AUGAAUCUACCGCCAGGAUUUAGGUUUUUUCCGACCGACGAAGAGCUUGUCGUUCACUUCCUCCACCGGAAAGCUUCACUCUUGCCUUGGAAAGCUUUGGGAGAAGGGAGGCAAUGGUAUUUCUAUAGUAGAAAGACACAAGACAGAGUAACGAGCAAUGGUUAUUGGGGAUCAAUGGGAAUAGACGAGCCAAUCUUCACAAGUUCCACACGCAAGAAAGUGGGUAUCAAAAAGUAUCUAACUUUCUAUCUUGGAGAUUCUCAAACCAAUUGGGUCAUGCAAGAAUAUUCUCUACCAGAUUCCUCUUCUUCCUCUAGUCGAUCUUCUAAGAGAUCAAGCCGUGCUUCUUCUAGUUCGAAACCCGAUUAUAGCAAGUGGGUGAUAUGCAGAGUGUAUGAACAAAAUUGCAGUGAGGAAGAAGAUGAUGAAGAUGGGACAGAACUCUCAUGUUUAGAUGAAGUGUUUUUGUCUUUAGAUGAUCUUGACGAAGUAAGCUUACCGUAA